CGCGUCGCGUCGCGUCGCGUCACGUCACGUCACGUCGCGUCGCGUCGUCUCGCAUCGUGUCGCGUCGCGUCACGUCGCGUCGCGUCGCGGCGUCCCUCCCGUCGUGCAGCGUGCGGCGACGGAGCGAGCGCGACGGGAAGAGGAGAGUUCCGCGCGGGUGUUCAGCGCGGGCAACGAACGAUAGUCGAGGUCGUGGUAGACGACGAGGAUCGGCGUCGUCGCCUCUGCCGUGUGCGCGGUGCCGCCGGCUCCGUGUGCCGCAGCAGCAGCAGCAGCAGCAGCAGCCGCCACUGCCGCCGUCGCAGCUGCUGUCGUCGUCGUCGCUGCCGCCGUUGACGCCGCCGUCGACGCCGUCGUGUUCGUGGUCGCGACAGUGGUGAUAUAGAGCGGCGCAGCGGGGGAGCCAUGACUACGCGUAGAGAAUGGGCUCGAUCGCGUCGGUGUUGCAGUGGCAUUGCUCGGAGUGCGCCCUGAUAAAUCCGACGGAGAGCGCGAGAUGCGCCAGGUGCGGGCUGACGCGGUUCAGGAGCGACGAGAGGGCCAGCCUCGAUCGCAGGCAGCAGGAGCAUAGCGGCAACGCGACAGGGGGAGGGAAAGCGGCGGUCGCGGCGCAGCACGCGGGGGAUCGCGCGCGACGCUCGGCGAGGAGGCGCGACGAGGAGGACGAAGAAGAGGAGCAGCGAUCCUCCUCCGGGGAAUCGACGCCGCCGACGCCACCGCCGAGGACAGACAGAUUGACGCGUAACCCGACGGUUCCGCUAUCCGUCGGACAGCCCCGAUGCAACGCGUCUCAAUGUUUUGAGAAACAUUUGUCUGCAGCCGACGUAAGGAAGAUUUCUUAUUGUGAUUCGUUGGAUGACUCAUCCAACAAGAAACCGCUGAAGCGUUUUUCGUCCUUACCUUCUUUAGUCAAACAGUGGACUUGUAUUCGAUGUCUAUUGGACAAUAAUUGCAGCUUACUGAUUUGCGCAGCUUGUGACGCCAGUGCGUCGAUAGCUCAAAAUGACGGAAAACAGAUAGGCGCACGCAAGAAUAGAAAGAUUAAUCUGCAUAAAGAAAAUCGUCCUAAAAUUACAUCUGGAGUAUUGGCCAAUGUUCUACAUGGGGGUGCUAGCAAGAGUGGCUCCGGUAACGAUGAUAAAAUUAAUAGUACAGGCAUGGCACAGUUGACAAGCAUAAGCCGGAGCCAAAGAGGAAGAGGGCACCAUAAAGACUGGAUCUUGCCAUCAAUUGGAACAAUGGAGUCUACUACGCUUCCGUUCACAGAUAAUAGCGAUACCUCUCAACGUUCUCCAAAACGACAUAGCCCUUCUAUGUACGAGCGGGUUAAGUCUAAAGUCAGUCGCUCGCUGUCGAACGGUUCUGUUGUUCAAAAAUUGUCAGAUCACAUGAUACAACGACCUACGAGCCUGGUUGUGCCGGAAGCACGCCAGGACGAUGGCUUAUGGAGCUGCGACAAUUGCACGUUGGACAAUGCGCCUAGUUUGGAGCAGUGCGAGGCGUGCGAUGCUCCUAGGAGCCCUGCGCCUUGCAGCGGAGUAGUUAUCAGUGUGCCGGCUUGGGUACCACGCGCGUUAUCGUCCGCUGGACCUUUGUCUUACAGAAGGUCCUUUUCGGACGCCGAUUCAGUUGCGAGCGUGACGCAGAAGAAGACUGUUAAUCGUAGAAGUUUGAAUGACGAGGAACCACCCGCGGUGCCACCGCAUUCUAUUGGCUUCAACUCGAGACCAAAGUAUUCCUACAUCGGGAUAACGGAUCCCGACAUACCGCCGCCAUUGCCAAAGAAACAAAGCAGUAAGUUAGGUUUGGUGCCGACAAAGGCGCACAGUGAAGCAACCAGUCCAGUAGGUGAGAUGUCAAAUGUGAGCCCGCUAAAGCGCAUGUGGACCUGCAGAAAGUGUUCUUACGCGUACAAUCCACUGUGGUCCAGCGGUUGCGACAUUUGUGGUUCGUCCAGAUCACCCCCGUCGUUAACGCAACCCAGUUUAAUAACUGUCACGAAGGACACAAGUAGCUAUCCAACGCACGCACAAUCUCCGAUAGUGGUAUCAAGGGAUAGCGUCAGAUAUAUACCAAAGGCGGCCACUUUGGCUACGGCGGAGUCCGAUCUGGAUGAUCAUGUUGAUCCACCGUCACCGGUGUGGACCUGCAAAAAGUGCACUCUAUUAAACGCCGCAUCGAGAACAACGUGCGAAGCUUGCUGCGGUUCGAAGUUGAAAAGUAUCAUGCAUCUGGAGGAUGCUACUCUGCGAAAGGGUGAGAGUUGGGUAUGCCCGUCGUGCACGCUGAGGAAUCCACUUUCCGCGCAAAACUGCAAUGCCUGCAAGACAUUAGCAGACUUUCUAGAGGUCCCGAAAGACAAUAGGGCCUUUGGCCAACGGAGUCCAAGCCCAAGGCUCUGUUCAACCCCGACGAAUUCCAAAGCGGUUACUCCGAGGCACAGAAAUUCCGUAAGAAGAAACGGUUCGUCGGGUGAUAAAAGGCACUCGAGGACUAGAGAUCCUUCACAUACUCAUUGGCAAUGUAAAGUAUGCACAUACGAGAACAAGAGUACGACUGUUAUCUGUGAAAUGUGCCAAAGCUCGAAGUCGCUGUCCCAAAUGUCUGGAGAUAGAGGGAUACCUAGGCUUAUCGAGUCAGGCACUAGUACUCUUAGAAUACAGCGACAGGAGAGCGUGGUUAUGGAAAAUCUUAGACAGUUGGAAGAAAGAGACGCGCUGGAGAAGUGGGAGCGUAUUGUACGAUAUUGCAAGGAGACAAACGAGCCGUUCGUCGACGAUUCGUUCCCGCCUGCUCCGAAAUCCCUGUACUAUAAUCCUGCGGAUACAAAAGAUAAUCACGUCGUCCAAUGGAGAAGGCCACACCAAAUUAACGUGGACUCAAGUGUCGAUUCUAAACUGCCUUGGGCUGUCUUUAGGACACCCCUACCCUCUGAUAUCUCGCAAGGUGUCUUAGGAAAUUGUUGGUUGCUAUCGGCUCUGGCCGUUCUGGCCGAGAGCGACGAGCUCGUGAGAAGAGUUUUAGUCAUGAAAGAGACAUGCCCCGAAGGUGCUUAUCAAGUUAGACUGUGUAAAGAUGGAAAAUGGACGACAGUACUCGUUGAUGAUCUAUUACCCUGUGAUAAGAGAGGCCACUUAGUGUACUCUCAGGCAAAAAGAAAACAGCUUUGGGUGCCGCUAAUUGAAAAAGCAGUUGCUAAAAUACAUGGCUGUUACGAGGCCUUAGUAUCCGGCCGUGCUAUAGAAGGUCUAGCGACACUAACUGGUGCUCCGUGUGAGAGCGUGCCUUUACAACCUUCAGCAUUGCCAAGUGAAGACGAACUCGAUAGGGACCUAAUAUGGGCACAACUCUUGUCCUCGAGACAGGCUAUGUUUUUAAUGGGUGCUAGUUGCGGAGGCGGUAAUAUGAAAGUUGACGAGGAGGAAUAUCAACGCAAAGGUUUAAGGCCAAGACAUGCAUAUUCUGUCCUCGAUGUUCGUGAUGUACAAGGAAUACGGUUAUUACGACUACGCAAUCCUUGGGGUCAUUAUAGUUGGAAAGGGGAUUGGUCGGAUGACAGCCCCAUAUGGACUCCGCAAUUACGAGAGAUGCUUAUGCCGCACGGUGCUUCAGAUGGUGUGUUCUGGAUAUCCUUCGACGAUGUUCUAAAGUACUUCGAUUGCAUUGACAUCUGCAAGACGAGAGUUGGAUGGAGCGAAGUGAGAUUGCGCGGCACUCUCCCUCCAUUGUCAUCCCUUAGACAUUUAUCAUGCGUCCUUUUGACAGUAUUAGAACCUACUGAAACAGAAUUUACUUUGUUCCAAGAAGGCCAAAGAAAUUCGGAAAAAUCACAACGUUCUCAACUGGACUUGUGCGUGGUAGUUUUUCGCACAAGAUCCCCGGCCGCUCCGGAAGUCGGUAGAUUAGUGGAACACAGUAAACGGCAAGUACGCGGCUUUGUCGGUUGUCACAAAAUGUUGGAGAGAGAUCUGUAUAUUGUCGUGUGCCUGGCCUUUAAUCAUUGGCAUACUGGAAUGGAAGAUACAUCGAGUUAUCCGGAAUACGUUCUUGCUAUUCAUAGUUCAAAGAGACUUCUCGUCGAGCAGAUAUCACCACCCGCUUUUGUCUUAGCUGAUGCUAUCAUAAGUCUAACAUUGGCUAAAGGACAACGGCACGAAGGUAGAGAAGGUAUGACUGCUUAUUAUUUAACUAAAGGAUGGGCCGGUUUAGUAGUAAUGGUUGAAAAUCGUCACGUAAACAAAUGGAUUCAUGUAAAAUGCGACUGCCAUGAAAGCUAUAACGUCGUGUCCACGAGAGGACAACUCAGAACUGCCGAUAGUGUUCCUCCCCUUCACAGACAAGUCAUCAUAGUUUUAACACAAUUGGAAGGUAGCGGAGGUUUCUCAAUAGCACAUCGACUUACACACAGAUUAGCUAACAGUGGAAAUUUGCACGAUUGGGGACCGCCUGAUACGCAACAUUGUCCUCAAAUUGAUACUCAGGUAGAAGGUUUACACAGUCCUCGUUUAAUAACGUGAAGAAAGGAACACGAAACGAACGGAGACCAUUAUUCGAGGAAAGUGUUGCAGAUUGUAAUCAGCAACGAUUCUCGUACGCAUGACGUCGAGAAAUUGACUGGAAAGAAACCAAAGCAAGCUAGGAACAUUUCAGCGUAUUAUAAAACGUUCUGAAGAACAUUAGAAUAUUUGUGCUUUCUAGCCGAUGAUACUCCAUGGAUAGCGUUACAACAUGCUUUCAGCAUGGACGUAAUACAAUAAUUAACAAUUAACGUACAAUGGUUCUGGACCCAGUGAAAAAAAGUAUGUUCUUUCAAGUAAAUAGUGAAUGCACUUCGUGCGCGCUAACGGGAGAAAGGAACCUAAAAUAAAAAAAAAAUAAAAUAAAACUUACGUGCAAAUUAAGUGUUUCUGCUGGAACCAUUGAGCCCCGUAAAGAAGACUUAUGGAAAAUUGAAUAUUUAUGAAGAAACGAGUUGAACAUUUUGCUUGUUAUAUAAACAAAAAAAAUUAUUUUCUCAACUUAACAUUUAAGCAUCGUAAGAGAAAUGACAAAACCUAAAAGAUUACAUAAUAAUAUAAUAUAAAAAAAUGAAACCACACAUUAGGAAACAUUAAAAGAAAAAGAAAGAUGUGUGUGGAAUUCCGUACACAUUGUUUUUGGAAUUGCUUAGAAUGUAGUACGAUACGCGGAUCGUAACAUUUCCAAUUUAACCGAUGUUUACAUGCCGAUCCUAUUGUUAUAAGGCCGUAUUUGAAACUCGCAUUCAAGGGAACUUUGAUUCUUAGUUCCAUUUAAUAUAUGCACGAUGUAAAAAGAAAAGAGGCUGGAAUCUCACACGAGGAUAUAUAUCGAGUGUAAGGUAGAAUAUUUAUUUAGUCUUUGUUGUUCCCAUCUCACAACUGGAUGGAGAGCUUGUGCUAAACCGGAUGUAGUUAUGGGAAAAGAGAGGGAGAACCAAAGAUCUCUCUUGAAACUUUUAAAGUAUCUCGACGCGUUCACUGCCAUUCUAUGCAAUGUAUGUGUAAAGCCUACUUUUUUGCUUCUACAGUAAAAUCGCUUACUUAGUUGGGGACAAAGAAAAUUAGAAAAUGGUCGAUAAUACUCCUUGUACACCAAUUACAUUCUUUUGCCUCAGCAAAUAUGUUACAAGAUACUUGCGCAAGCAUGGCAGUCAGCGGGUUAGAUGUCAUUGAUCCUGCUUUUAUGUAAUUCUUAAAGAGUAAUUUUUUAAAUGUUUUUUUUUUGUUGUUUGUUCAUCCAGUCCAAUAUAGAAAUCAUUAUAUUAGUUUUUUGUGAAAAAAUUGAUAUUUUCGUUUUAAUGUCAAACUGCCAUAUUCCAUGUUUUUAAACAAUGAUCGAUUGACACGUGCGAUACCUUUUGCAAUGCAAGUAAUAUCGAAUCAAAAAAAUUGGCACUUCUAUAUACAUUGAAUGUGGUGAUGCGACAAUACGCAAUGCUGUGAUCAGCUAUUGAUGUUUUAAUCUGAACUGGAAAUUGUAUUAAGAGAUCUUUUAUUUAACAGACUGAGAGUACAUAUUGAAUUAAUAGUACAAAAUUCGCAUACUCUUUAAAUUUGUUGUAUUGUUGAAUUUGUUGAAUUGUUCAAAUGAAUGGUCCGUAGUUAUAUAAGUUAUAUUUGGAAAAAUAUUUUUUUCAAUGUAAAUUACAGUACUAUUAUCACUUAAAAUUCGUGAGUAUAAUUCUCGUCGAGUCAAACGAUUAGUAAAGACUUCGCAUAUUGAUACACUUUUACACUUGUAUUUUUUUAAUUUUGCCUUAUAUCGUAAAUCGUGAUUCGACUCAUGCAACUGUCUCCCGCAAAGAGAUACAGCGCGAACGAGACAUUCAUUCCCCUAACGUCGAUCUCAACAACAGGCCGAAUUGUCUUAGCGAGGCCUAAGUGUUAGUAACUAGUAUUAAGAGUUAAACGAAGAGCGUAGUUUCGGGAAAUGUCCGUUUGAAAAAUUUGCAUUAACGGGAAUAUACGUCCAAAUAAUAUUUACAGUGAUGCGCUGAAACAGAGUUCAGUAAUUAAUGAUCGAAUGUCGAUUCCCUCGUAAUGGCUCGCGGCUUAAAUGGCUGUUUGAUACCGAAUAAUUAACGGCGGAACCAACAAACAUUUGUAAGUCAUUUAAGUCGCCGAGGCACUUGAGGAAUUUAUUCUUUACGUGUACUCUUAGAACAUUUACAGUAAAUUCUUGCAUUUCAAUGGCCUUUGUUUACAAGAAAAGAUAAUAGUUUCAUAAAUAAAAGAUUCGGACUACCAGAGUUGUGCGCUUCAGAUAAUUGGGCGAUAAAACAUUCUUUAAGUACUGACGAUAGCAUGAGUGUGAGAAAAAGAAUUUAACUAAAAAAAAAAAAAAAAAAAAGAAGAGAUGAGAGAGAGACGUUCUCUUCUCAACGUGUGCGACAUCGCGAUUUUAACCCUUACAGUACAAAAGUGAGUUCAUGUCUGAUCAAUUUCGAUCUAUAAACAUUUUUUGAAAUUUCAAAGGUAAUUAAAUUAUACAUUUGAUUUUGUUUUUCAAAAUGAAGUACAGACAUUGGUUUAAAAAAUUGGAAAGUAUAUUUAUGAAUUUUUAGAAAUGUUCUUUGAACUACUUUAAAUAGGUGAAAAAGUGGUCGGAUACAAAAUACUCAUGUUUUUACGAAUGUUUUUUGUACAUCGUGUACUGUAAGGAUUAAACACACACACACACACACACACACACACACACACACACACACACACACAUACACGCAAGAAAACUAGAGGAUCCUCAGUUUUUUGUACCAAGCACGCGAGCUGCAUUUGCGCGAGGAUAAUACUACGGGCAGUAUCACGCUGAUAUCCAGUGCCAUACGACGUUGAUAACGGCGAGAUAUACCCCGUGUGAACAGACGGCGAGCGUUUCCCGACGAUGACCGUACAUUCGCAAUGUAACGUUGCUAGAGCUAACGUUCUCCCCGCGGAAUAAGCAAACACAAAUGAUCUAUUUUACAUAUUGCAUAAUCACCGAGGCUAAAGCGUUCAGGCGUUCCCGUUUCGCAACGCUGUCGAGAACCGCGUGUCCGGCACUGUUUGCCAAAGCGGUGAAUGAAUAUUAAUUUAUUGGCGGUGGUGCGCGCAGUGUCCGAGGCACGCGUAUUUUAUUUUUCCUAUACGCACUCGUAGGACAAAUCGAUGUAAUUCCGCGCGACGGAGGGAAAUCCGCGGGAUCUUGUCGAGACGUCUGCUGGGAAAUCACGUGUAAUAUUCGUAAGAUAUAAAGAAGAUAUCUUGGGGUAAUAUUUUAAAAAUAUACUCACGUAAUCACUAUCAUCACACAUCUACUGGGUGUACAUAUAUUUUCGCUAAUAAGGCCCAGGAUAUUUUCAGAAUGCAGCUUGAAUUUACUCUUCGUGAUUGCUGUGUAUAUUUUAUUGAGAUAUAUUUCUAUACAAGAGAGAAAGAAAGAGAGGGUUUCAGUACUCACAGUAUUCACAGGUUCGGUAACAUUUUAAGAAAAUCGAUAUACCUGAAUAGAUUCAGGAAGAAUUUAAUGUAUCCCGCAGAUUUUCAUUGUUGCGCGGAAUAAUAUCCAAACAUUGAAGCUACGACGAUCGACGUUGCUACGCAGCUUGAGAAAAUAGGGAACGCCAUCGGUUGUUCUAGUUUCGCGAUUUUGAUAUAUUUUGAUACAAUGGAAGAGAGGCAAAGUUCGAUCAUCGCCGUUCUGUCAAAUAAUCGCCGCGAGAGAUCUGCACAAGCUAGAAGCGGACAAGGUGUAUUGUAUGUACAUUUAAGAACAAUAGCUCGUCGCGCGUUUAGCGCUACGUUUUCCUUCAUUUUUCUUCUUUUUCAAGAAAAAAAUCUUUGACACAUCCACGUUCAAAUCCCAUUGCAUCGCCGAUCUUGAUACCGAUCGCGUCAAGACUUAUCGAAAUUUUCUUCUCAGCAUUUUUGGUUGCGCGGAAACGAGGCGUAAAAUUCGACGCAACUGGGCAUUAUCGGCAUGAUUGAUUGUUAACGCUAAACGCGCGGCGAAAGUGCAGGCCUACGUAAGCACAAACACCCAGGAGGGAGUACCAUUUGUACAUAAAGAAGAAUAAUUUAUUCUAUUUAUGGUAGAGAAAGAGAGAGAGAGAGAGAGAGAAAAGAAUGAAGAAGAGAAGGAGCCGGUGAGGAACCGCGCACCGUUGUGUUAAAUUUGAGUUAUUUUGCAUGUGCUUCGGUGUCUCUGUCACACGCGGCUACGAGCCGCGCGGUGAGUUCGUAAUGCAUUCUAUAUAAAUAAAUAUAUAUAUAAAUAUAUACAUAGCCCAGUUAGAGAGUGAUAUACCGAGAUCGAGAUACGACGAUGACGUGCGAGGCGUAAAUGUCCGUUCGGAUGAUCCCGCGAUCGUUGGCGGCGCGCAAAUCCUCGAUCUCACCGUCUCGACUGGAAUUUCGCGUUCGCCAAUUACCACUUGAUUAAGUUUGCUUUAAGCACAAUUUGUUUUAUUAGCGGCCGCCGCCGUACCGCGAGAGCCGACGGAUCGCUUUACGGACGGUCGCACGUCCUCGCAGAGUACCUAGGAAUAUAUUCUUAAUAUGUGAAGAAGAUAUAAGAAUUACACGGUGUCUCGUUGUAUUUGUAUAAUAAGGUGUAAAGAGAGAAAGAGAGAGAAAAAAACGGAAAAAAAAGAA